AUGAAGGUUUAUAUUAGGGAUGAGUAUGAUGAGCACAGGGAUGUGUAUGAUGAGCACAGGGAUGAGUAUGAUGAGCACAGGGAUGAGUAUGAUGAGCACAGGGAUGAGUAUGAUGAGCACAGGGAUGUGUGUGAUGAACCCAGGGAUGUGUGUGAUGAACCCAGGGAUGUGUGUGAUGAACCCAGGGAUGUGUGUGAUGAACCCAGGGAUGUGUGUGAUGAACCCAGGGAUGUGUAUGAUGAGCCCGGGGAUGUGUGUGAUGAGCACAGGGAUGAGUAUGAUGAACCCAGGGAUGAGUAUGAUGAGCCAGGGGAUGAGUAUGAUGAGCCAGGGGAUGUGUAUGAUGAACCCGGGGAUGUGUAUGAUGAGCUCGGGGAUGUGUAUGAUGAGCACAGGGAUGUGUAUGAUGAGCCCGGAGAUGUGUAUGAUGAGCUCGGGGAUGAGUGUGAUGAGCACGGGGAUGUGUAUGAUGAGCACAGGGAUGUGUAUGAUGAGCACGGGGAUGAGUGUGAUGAGCACGGGGAUGUGUAUGAUGAGCACGGGGAUGUGUAUGAUGAACCCGGGGAUGAGUAUGAUGAGCCCGGGGAUGUGUAUGAUGAACCCGGGGAUGUGUAUGAUGAGCUCGGGGAUGUGUAUGAUGAGCACGGGGAUGUGUAUGAUGAACCCGGGGAUGUGUAUGAUGAGCACGGGGAUAUGUAUGAUGAGCACGGGGAUGAGUAUGAUGAGCACGGGGAUGAGUAUGAUGAGCACGGGGAUGAGUGUGAUGAGCCCGGGGAUGAGUGUGAUGAGCCCGGGGAUGAGUGUGAUGAGCCCGGUGAUGAGUGUGAUGAGCACGGGGAUGAGUGUGAUGAACCCGGGGAUGUGUGUGAUGAGCCCGGGGAUGAGUAUGAUGAACCCGUGGAUGAGUGUGAUGAGCCCGUGGAUGAGUGUGAUGAGCCCGGGGAUGUGUGUGAUGAGCCCGGGGAUGAGUAUGAUGAACCCGGGGAUGUGUGUGAUGAGCCCGUGGAUGAGUAUGAUGAGCACGGGGAUGAGUAUGAUGAGCCCGGGGAUGUGUUUGAUGAGCACGGGGAUGACUAUGAUGGACGCUCCACAUAA